GACGACGACGACGACGACGACAACGAAAACCACGACACGCACGUAUAACACGAUCCGGCAAACAUGCAUCUCCCGCGCUCCCUCAUCUCAAAGCUCUACCUGCACCUGCAGAAGACGCGGCACGCCCUCGCCCCACCCGUGCUGCUCCUCGUCGCCCUCGAGCCCGACGCCCUCUGCGCGUGCCGCAUCCUGACACGCCUGCUAAAGCAUGACUACAUACCGCACAAGAUCCAGCCCGUGGCCGGCUACGCCGACCUCGAGCGCGUGGGCCGCGAGCUCGUCGGCCCCAUGAUGGAGUCGCGCGGCGGCUCGGGCGGCGUUGUCGUCUGCCUCGGCGUCGGCGGCACCGUCGACCUGGGUGCCAUGCUGGGGCUCGAGCCCGAGGGCGAUGGCGACGAGGCCGCCCCCUACGGCGGCGUCGAGGUCUGGGUCAUGGACUCGCACCGCCCCUGGAACCUCGGCAACGUCUUUGGCGGCUUCCCCCUGGAGCCCGAGCCGGAGCUGGCGGCCGGGGCCGGCGGCGCCCGCGUCCCGUACAGCGCCCGCGCCCCUCCUGGGGUCUCGGGCGGUCGCAUAUCGCACUCGUUCAGCCCCUCGAGGGGCGGCAUAGUCGUGUUCGACGACGGGGACAUCGAGGACGGGCUCGGCCGGGAGCGGGACGCAUACAUGGCGCUGGUCGACAUGCCCGAGGUGGACGAUGACGGCGAGGAUCUGGACAACAGCGACUCUGAGGAUGACGACGAUGACGAUGGCGGCGGCGGAGACAAGGAGCCGGUCCGCGCGGGGCAAAAGCGCAAAUCUUGGCCAGACCAGGACGACGAGGACAGUGGCGACGAUGACAGGCCCAGGCAGAGACGCAGGAGCAAUUCGUCAAACUCGAUCCCCGAAUCACCCACGCGCCCAGCGCGGCGGGGCUUGAUCUCCCUCCAGGACUCAGCCGUCUUCUCCUCCAGCGAUCUGAACGACAUCCCGUCAGGGGCACAACCCCCAAAACCUCCGUCCGCGCGCAAAAUGAGGAGGCAGCUGCUGCGACUGCGACGGGAAAAAGAGGGUACCCUACGCCAUUAUUACCGUUUGGGAACGUCUUACUCAGAGCCCGUGUCUUCGAUGAUGUACUCGCUUGCCUCAGAGCUGGGACGGGAGGACAACGACCUGCUGUGGCUCUCCAUUGUGGGGGUGACGUCGAUGGAGCUCUACGGGCGAUCGUCGGCCGGCGUGGCCGUACCAGCACGGAGCUCGGAGGCCAGGCUGGCGUCGGGGUGGCUCGGGAUGCGUGGGGCGCGCAUACGGCAACUCCUGCGCGACGAGGUGCGGCGCCUGAACCCACCCGAAAUAGGUGGCAGCAGCACGGGCAAGGUUUCGGCCGAGGGCCAGGGCAUCAUACCGACGACGGCGCGCAGCCCCGAGGACACGAGUAUCCGCCUCUCGCCCGAGCCCAAGUUCCUGCUCAUCAGGCACUGGAGCCUCUACGACAGCAUGCUGCACUCGCCCUACCUCUUCUCGCGCCUCAAGAUGUGGAGCGAGACGGGACUGAAGCGGCUGCACAAGCUGUUCGCCAAGAUGGGCGUUAGUCUCGUCCAGUGCCGGCAGAGCUACACGCACAUGGACAUGGUGCUCAAGCGCGAGCUCCGGGUCAAGCUGCUCAAGUACGCGUCGCUGUACAACCUCGACGACAUGGUGCCCACCAUCGACACGGACGGCCGGGACCGCGGCGGCGCAAAGGACGGCUGGGGCUUCGUGCGGAGCUGGGGCUGGCGCGCCACCCUGAGCGCCCAGGACGUCGGCGUCGUCAUCGGCGCCCUGCUCGAGGUCGGCAAGCAUGCCGCCGCGUCCUCCUCGUCCGGGUCCGGGGACGGGGGGCCCUCGCAGCUGUACCAGGACCCCGUGGACAACCACCUGGAGAUGCAGAGCGAGGAGUGGAUCCCGCGGUUCUGGGAGGCGUACGACGCGCUUGAGGAUAUCGAAGCUCUCAAGCAAGGACUGCCCACUGCCCAGUUUCUCCACCGGGCAAUCUUCAACACGGGCACGACUUUGCUGAAGAAGAAGCAGAUCUCACACCUGCGCGCCUUUCGCAUGUGCAUCGUCAAAGACAGCCCCGACGCGGCCGUCUUUAACCACCCUGGAGCGCUGACAAAACUGGCCCUUUGGAUCGGUGAGGCGCUCGCAGAACAGGAGAAGGACACGACGGGAAAACUUAGCAACGGCGGGAGGGGCACACCGCUGGUGGCGGCGUCUCUGGACGAGAAGCGGGGCGUCUACGUCGUGGUCGGCACCGGUGGUGGCGGAGGCGCCGGUUCCCUGGGCGGCGCGGACCUGCUGGCGGACAAGAAGAAGAAGGCCGAUGCAAAGGCAGCAAAGGCCAAGGCCCGCGAGGACAGCCGCAGGGCCAAGGAGAAGGUGCGCGAGGAGAAGAAGGCGGCCAAGCGGGCGGCGGCGGCGGCGGCGGCAGGGGGCGGCGGAGACGAAGAAGUCGAGACCGAGUCGGAGGGCUCGGACGGCGGCUCCGACUCGGAUGACGACGACAGCGACGACGACGACGACGACGAUGCGCCCAAGGAGAGGGGCCACGGCUUAAACAGGUUCGGAAACGCGUUCCAGGACGUGGUGAGCGAGACCAACGCGCGGGUCAGGAUCGACAGCUUCGAGCACUGCGUCGUCGAGGUCAAGAAGGAAGACCUGGGCGGGUUCCUGGAAAGUUUGAGCAUGAAGGCGGUCGUGGGAUGAAAAGAAGAAAAAAAGGGGGCAGGGGGUCACCGAUAUUAAUAGGGUUACUCUUCGGAGGCCUGAUUUUUACUGCCUGGCGUCGACCUGGAUUGGGGGCGUCAUGGAUCACGCCUUAUUUGAUUGAUGCCGACUGUAUGGACGGACGGAUGGAUGGAUGGGUGGAUAGACGGAGGCAUGGUUGAGCACUUAUGAGGGCAUUUGCAACAAAGCAUGGCUUUUCUGUUUAAUAUCAUGUACAUGUCACGGCUAUGGCGUUGUUGGGGUUUCCUCUCGUACUUGAUGACUUGCGAGUACGACGAACGAUAUUAAGCACAGGCGACCCGGUUGGGGAUGCACGAAAUAUACACAGGCAGGAUAUUCAAAGAACCAGGUGUGGUGUUUUUGCC